GGAUUUGGAAGAGGACUGUAAUGUCUCUUUCAUAAAACAUUUCCAUAUGCUUCAUACAAGUGUGGUAGUAGCAAAGAGGAGGAGCGAGGCUGGGAUAAGAGCAACAGUAACAACUUUGCAAAAUUGCUUGUAAAGUUUUGUUUAAAUAGGACUUUGAACUGUGUUCUCCCUCCCUCUCUCCCCUCCAUGGACUAACAGGAGAGUAAAAGUGAUCUUUGUAUUCCAUGCUUGGACCUGACGUUACAUGCGUAGAUCCGGCUGCUGGUUAAGCGCUUACUCUCAGAAAGUACCUGGGACGGAAAGGCAAGCCUAAAGCUCCUCUUCCUCCAUCAGAGAAAAGAAUCACUGACUGUUCUUUUGAUGACUCAGAAUUAACUAACUUCACUAUGGAACAAAAAGAGAACAUAAUUGACAGGAACAUUGAGCUGUCUGUGGUUCUCCCAGGGGAUGUGAUCAAGUCCACAACCGUUAAUGGCAGCAAACCAAUGAUGGACUUACUGGUAUACCUUUGUGCACAAUACCGUUUAAAUCCAUCAAGCCACACUAUAGACCUGAUGUCAGUAGAGAAGAAACAGAUCAAAUUCAAACCAAAUACACCCAUUGGGAUGCUUGAAGUCGACAAAGUGAUUUUAAAGCCAAAACAGAUGGAUAAGAAGAAACCCACUCCUGUUAUCCCAGAGCAAACUGUAAGGGUAGUAGUAAAUUACAAGAAGACACAGAAGACUAUUGUCAGAGUUAGCCCUCAUGUACCACUUGAAGAGCUCCUGCAAAUUAUCUGUAGCAAAUGUGACUUCGAUCCUUUGCACACUGUGUUGCUGAAGACCUACCAAUCCUCCGAGACACUUGAUUUGACAAAAUCCCUCAAUGACCAUGGACUCAGAGAAUUAUAUGCAAUGGAUAUCAGCAGAGCCACACCAACUACUGAGUUCAGCUUUUCAUCUUUACAAGAUUCUCAGAAUAUGCAAAAUUCAGACAUUUUAAAGGAGAAAGAAAAUAAAGGAUUCUUCAGUUUUUUUCAGCGAAGCAAGAAAAAACGAGAACAAACUGCCAGUGCUCCUGCUACUCCAUUAAUAAGUAAGCCAAGGCCUGCCUCCGUCACAAAACCCAGUACCAUUUCGAAACAAUAUGACUCAAACACCCUGCCAUCUGAGAUGCCAAAGAAGCGACGAGCACCUCUGCCUCCUAUGCCUGCUUCUCAAAGUGUGCCCCAAGAUCUUGCACAAACCCAGGAUAGACCUACGUCGUGUGUGGUGAAAUCUAGCAGUGUGGAUGAAACUGACAAGGGACUUUCAGGGAUAGGAAUAGUGAGAACAGGUUCUCUUCAGCUCAGUGGCACAUCAUCGGUGAAUUCUUCUCUGAGGCGGGCAAAGCGCAAAGCACCAACACCACCUCCCAGAAAAUUGCAAGCCCGAAGUGACAACAGCAUUGAGACCGGAUCAGAAUCAGCAGAAUCAGUUCAUACCGAAGGCACUGCCAGAGAAAGAUACUCAGAAGUACUAUCUCUAACAGGCAAUGUAGUUGAUCUAACCAGGACAGCAGUGCCAUCAGGCUGCUCUGAGCCAACCAAUCAUGAUCAAAACAAUAUCCAGCAAGUCUCAGAUGAAGGUAGUCUUUUGGUUAACCCUGAUACUCCAGAUGAAUCUGAAGUGUCUUUCAAAUCUGACAUUGGGUCUGAAUAUAGCUUAGAGGAGAUUGACGAGAUGGAAGAAAUGCAUGAAGAAAGUACAGGCACCUUCCUUACUGGACAAGAAGUUUCUACCUCUGUCAGCUCUCUCGACCUUCCACUGGAUGUUCAAAAAACCGAGUCUGUUCCAUUGACUUCUGAUCCUGGCACUGAAGAAAAAAGACUUGACUCAGAUGAAGAAAAACCAGAAAAUAUGAGUACAGAUGACAAAGUUCAGCAUAAUCAGAUAUCCACAGAAAAGAUUAUAUUCGACAAUGGGAAACAGUUUGGAGCAUUGGAAACAAAUACAAACAUUGGUCACUGUGAUGCAACAUCCCUUCCAACAAUGACAGAUGAAAGAAACUAUGGUGUAGUAGGAGUGAGAGAAAGUAAAACUCUUGAAGCUUCAAACUAUGAAACCUGUCAAGAUGAUACCUCUCUAAUUCAGGAGCACAAUACUCUAGCACUUCUAGAGGUGCUUGAUCAAAAAUGGGAUUGCUCCAGUGUGGAAACGGUAAAGACCCAGGAUGUUGCAAUUCAGGCAACCCCAUCUGAUGAUAAUUUAGGCCAUAGUGCAUUAAAUGAGAGUAUGGAUCCUCAGAGUAACAAGCUGGUCAGCCACAAAAGUUCUUCUCACAUUCAGAAAUCAGUUGUGGAGAAUCAGUCCUCAGGGCUCCUGAACAGGAUGCACGAAAGUGUUGGAACACUGACAGAGCUCAACCACCAGAAGCACCAAGCAGUUCAGUGCAGACCAAGUCCUAAUGGUGACCAGAGUAAUACAUUUGAGAAUGAUAACUCUAUUCCACCACAGAGAGUUGUGAAAAGUCCCGGUAGUUCCCCCACAAAGGGUUAUCCUCUUUAUCGUCAAGACUCAAAGCCUAAACCUAAACCUUCCAAUGAGAUUACAAGGGACUACAUACCCAAGAUUGGAAUGACUACUUAUAAAAUAGUGCCUCCAAAAUCUCUGGACAUAGUGAAGAACUGGGAAUCAGAUACUGUAGAGAAUCAAGAAGCUUCCUGUUUGCAUGUAUCUCCUAAGAAUGAGAAUUCCCAAGAGUUUGGUACACAAACAGAAAUUCUUAAUACCAUAAAAAGCCCAAAUGAAACAAGAUCUGGCUUUAGAAAUGAAGUUAGGUUGCCAGGGAACAAUCCACUGGCUAAGACGUAUGGUAUUGUGGAUAAUAUGACACUUUCUUUCUCUAAUGCCAAAGGCAAGAAAAUAGAAGCAGAACAUUCCAAGCUUAAUCCAGAGCAUUUAAUCACCCACUUGGUGUUAAGCACAGAAAGGAAAAGUUGUUCGCCUCCUGCAGUGCAAGAAAAAUCAAGGAUAGUAAGUCCUCCACCAAAGCCAAGCAAUUUUUAUUUGCAGAUGCAAAGGAGGGCUUCUAGUCAUUAUGUAACAUCUGCAGUUGCAAGAAGUACUUCUCUUAGUAGCCCUACUCAGAGUGAAACUAAGACUAUAGAGACAGAGAAAAAGUUGGCAUCACCAGAUCAAAAUUCUUUUCCAUUUCCUAGACUGGCUAGUGUUCCCCCUCAGUUAGUAGAAGAAAAGACUGAAAAUGGUCAUAUUGAGGGAAGAAAUGAAGUCACCACUUCUGCAAUCAAAAUGCCUAAGCCUUUGAAUUCUCCCCCUUCCCAGCCUCCUCCAGUAAAUCUGAAAGCGCUGAGGACUUUUGUUUUGCCGCAACCAUAUUCAAGUUACAGGCCCUCACCUUUUGCCCUUGCGGUAUCAUCAGCAGUUAAGAGAUCACAGUCAUUCAGUAAAACACACACCAGUGCAACUAGGCCAUCUUUUGAACAUUCCUUAUCCACAUUCAACACUGAGACAAAAGACAAUUCUCCUCUACCAAGCCCAACAGGACAAGCACAACAGAGCAUGCCAGACAAGAAAAAUAAUUGUGCAACCUCUGAGCAAAGUAAGCGAGUUCCCUCUUUGCCCGGCCACCCAACAACUCCUGCCUGUGAGAAAGGCACUGCUGUGACUCUUCAGCGCCCUGACCCAGAACAGAUCCACCAGAGCUUGCUGGCUGCAAUCCGCUCUGGAGAAGCUGCUGCCAAAUUGAGAAGGGUUGCUCCUCCAUCAAACACUGUUGCCAUCAAUGGAAGACCCAGCCUCAGUUCCUCAGUGGCCAUAGAAGCAAGAUACAGUCAUCACUAGGACUUCAUGCCAAACAUUUUGCACUUUAAUCACCAUUGCAUAGACCUACUGCGUAGACCUACUUCACAGUUAAUUGUGCAUUAUUGAAGACUGCACAUUCAUGCAGGGUUAUGUUGGAAUAUAUUGUCAAGUGAAGCAUAGAAACUUCACAAGAUGCCUCAAAGAUUUCUUAGACUAUAAAUAAUUUAUAGCUUUUUUUGCCUUUUCUCUUUAAAGCUGAAAAUGCUGCUUCAGAACUCAUAAUAUGGCAAAGAAGAUUUUAAUUUUUUUUUCUCCUUGUGAUCAUCAGAUAAGUUGAUUUCUACUUUAUACUUAAUAAAUUAUGUGUAGCAAUGUGUUGUAUAAUGUUGAUGUAUGGGGUUCUUAAUGUUUAUAACUGAUUAAUGAUUUUGUUCAGAAAUGUAUGAAUUUAAAUAUAGUUCUGCCACCUGUUGCCUUGAUUAUUAGGUCGGGAAUUUAAUUUCUAGAACUGCAAGUGAGAAAGUUUUCUUUUGUUUAACUAAAAAUGUAGGAACAAAUCCUUCUAAUGUUGAGCUUGGAUCAUACCUGUUUUGUAUCAGCAUUAUUUGUAUUUUUAACAUCACAGUAAAGAAAUAAUAUAGGAGGUCUCUGGUUUACUAGUUUAACACUAUAUAUGGGUGUUGUUCUUUUUACAUACAUCAUUGCUGUAUGGUCUUAAUGCACACACCACAAAGUGCCUGUCUGAUCUUAUGUGCUAUAACACUAGCACUGGUUAAUUUACACCUGUUUUCCAGAAGUGGCAUCUAAGUCAGCAUUACUGAGCUGUGUAAAAGAAUCAAAUAGCAUAUCCUGGAGUUUUGUUCAAUAUUUGGACCGCCACUUGUUUUGGAUUUCAACUUCCAGAAGUCUCAGACCAAGUUAGCAAGUGGUAAGGAAUUAUAGGUGUUGUAGUUUGUUUUUAAGAGUGUGUGUGUGAAGCUUCCCUACUCUGUUGUCAUAUCUGAAAGCAGAUUUACAUAACCUGAAAUCUAGAAAAUGGAUGCCAUUGUUCACUUUCUUAUUGGGACUUUCCAGUCCUACUGUUUGACAGCUGAAUUAAAAUUGCCAAGAGCAGGGACAUCCAGUAAACAAUUUACAGCUCAUGUGUUUGAGAAUCCGUAUUAUCUAACAAGAAGCAUUAAUGAGUUAAUAAACUUCUGGGCUAUAGUGAGGACUCCAGAACUUUGGUGGGUUACAGACCGCCCAAAAGAGGCGCCUCCUCAGCGCCUCACUUUGCUGCACAGCUGCGCCACAACAUACAAAUAGCGCGGUGCAGCUGCGCAGCGAAAAAGGAGCCCAAAAAAGCGGCUCCUUUUUGCGACGCCACAAAGCGCCAAAGGCGGGGCUGCUACGUCGCAGCUGCGCAGCUCCGUCUAGAAGCUGUGCAGCUGUGAUGUGGCGGGUGCACGGGCCGUAUGGAUGGUGCUGCGCAAUUGCGGCGCAUGUGUGACGUGCUCGGGUUGCGGGGCAUGUGCAUGCUCCGCCCCGAGGCAACCCUAGCACGUCGCGGAUGCGCUGCAAACGGCCCGUCUGUAACCCGCCUUUAUUUCAAAGUUAAUAUAAAUCCAUAAUUAAGGAAAGAUGGGUAUAGAUCAGGUACAUCUUAAGGUUAAGAUUAAGAGAGCAAUAUUAGCACAGAACAUCCACUAUUCAUUUGAACUAGGCUGAAAAUACAUAAAGGAGUCAAAAUAGUUAAGUGCAAAAUUCUGUGCAUAUGAACUUUUUUUCCUAAUAGACAUUAAAAUGGAUAUCUUAUUUUGUUGUAUGUCAAGUAACUUUUAAAGUAUUUCUCUUAAAUUCAGGAAAUUAAAGGCAGGGAAAGAAAAACAAAGCCUAUUUUACAUUCUGUAAGUAGGUAAAGAGAUGGUGGUGGUGGUGAUGAUUUUUGUGCAUUAUAAAAUCUUUUAAUGAUGCUUUAAGCAAUGUUAAUGAAUCAGUUUUAUCAGUGUACAAAAUAGGAGUAGAAUUGAAUAAUUGCUACUGAAAAAGGCAUGUCAGAUUGAGGAGCAAUGCACAGACAGCAAAAUCCUCAGUAACAAGUGUGGCACUUCUUUGUCUGUUCAUCUUCUGCUGUCAAUGCUGUCAAAUUAAUGUUGCAUUUGUAUAACAAAGCUAUUUGUGAUCCUAGCUGUGAUCAAUCAGUUGAAUUGUAGAUAAAUGCUGCAAAUACUGGGAUAUUUGCAAUGCCCUAAAUUAAUUCAUGGUUUUGUUAAAUAAAAUUAAUUGUAUUUA